AUGGCGCAACGGUCUGAUGUUGCGGUUCACGGAAGAAAACGCCCCGCCGAGGAGGAACUUGAUGAUCAACCUCUAACAAAAAAGUUUGGUCGCCUACAGAUAGAGCAGGAACUGGCCGAAACCGAAAUUCUUGAUGGUGCCUUCACAAUCCUACCAGGAAUAGAGGAUAGGCUGUCCUUGACAAACAUACUGGUGGCAAAUGAUAGCAAGCGCCCGUGCACUGAUGUGGUGCUCUACAGAGAACCGGAAUCGCUUUCUAUUCCCAAGGAUAAGGAUCAGGUGCGACGAGCUUUGAUAGAAACAAGAGAAAGGGCCAGGUUGAGUCAGCAGAAGCUUCGGAGCAGCCCAGGACAAGAGAAAAAUGACGCGGCGUGUACUGACCAAAACUUGACGCACAAAGAGGAAUGUCAGCAGAGGGCCAACUCAGAUGACGACGAUGCAAUGGAUAUUGAUGUAGAUGGUUACUAG